AUGGUAAAAAAGAAGCCCAGUAAGUCCGCAGCGCCGACCAACCGAAAGUCAAAGAACCCGUUGACACCCGAGUUCGCGCCAAGCGAGGGAGCCCCGGCAAAAUGCGCUCCGAUCGGCCAGGCCCCGACAGACCUCGCAGCAGCCACGGAGGAGGCGAGCCUCGAGCCCCUGGGCCUCGAGAUCAGCCGCCCGGACACGGCGAUCCUUCUGCUUGGCAGCCCCGAGAGACCGGUCCUCCUGGCGGCGGCCGCCGCCCUCGCCACCUACGCAACCAAGGCGCCUGGCAACCUCGACCGGCUCUUCGACCUCAACGCCCUGGACAACGUGCUCGCUCUUGUUCGCCACGAGGAUGUUUUCGCCCGCCGGUUCGCGCUGAAGUUGUUGGCUCUGAUGUCGGCUGUGCGAAAUGUGCAGGCGCACCUGCUCAGGGACGACACGUACAUCGAGCGUUUCACUGAGACGCUGUCCGACGAGGAAGCCGAUGUCUUCCUGCAGGAGUACGCCUCGCGGAUAUUGGCGGAGCUGACGAGCGACCCCACGGGCUCGGCCAUGCUUCUGACCGGUCGGCGCGUCGAUCCGAUCCUCGAGAAGCUCGGGUCUACCGAUCCGGACGUCAGGAGGAACUGCCUCGAAAUCCUCGCCCACCUGCUCGGGGACCCCAACGGGCCGGACACCGUGUUCCGCUCCGAGGUUUUCAGCUUCGGGACGCUCUACGAGCUGUUUGCCGAGCCCUACCCGGUCGUCCAGCUGCUGGCGCUGCGCGUCGUCGAGCUGCUCGUGGCGCCCAUCGCGCGCGAGGACGUCCACGAGAGCUUCCGAGCCUCCGAGGGCCCGCGCCGAUUGCUCGAUAUCCUGGACAACGCGGAGUGGAAGGACCUGUUCGGCAAAGUGGUCCGCGUGCUGGGCUUGGCCUGCGGGAACGCGAAAACCGCGGAGCUGAUGAACGCCGGCGACGACACGAAGCGCCUGGUUGCCUUCAUGGAGGAUACGGACGAGGAGGAGCUGAGGUUCGGCGUUUUGGGGGUGCUGGUGGAUCUGUCGGAGAGCGCGAUCGGUAAAAAGGUGCUACACAACCAGGGACUCGUUGGGUACUUGCUCGACGGCGCUGGUGAGGCGACGACGCCAGUGUUUCGGGCUACGGUGUGUCGGGGGAUCGGUAGUAUGGUGGCCUACCCGCCGGCCGCUGACGAGGUGUGCCAGGGGAAUCCCAUGGGUUUCGUCGUUCAGCUGUUGAUCGACGAGGAGGCAGAGUGGCCGGAGAGACAGGCGGCUGCGUUUGCUCUGAGGGAGCUGUUGGCGUCGAGUUGGCAAAACUGCGUGAACUUUGUAGAUGGUGGAAACCAGGUCCACUUGGCGCUCUUCGUUGGGCGACCGGUGGAGUCAGCGCCCUGGGAAAUCCAAGCGACCAUCAUUCAAGCCCUGUCAGCCAUGGCGGACCACUCGAGGCUGGCCGACGACCUGAUAGAUCCCGAGCUCUUUUCCGCCCUCUGCUCUCGCCUCGACCCAGAAACCAAGGCGGCCGACGAGCUAAGAAUCGCGUGCUGCGACGCGCUGUCCCGCUUCGGUCGUAGCGACGAGGCCCGAGCCCACCUCAUCCGCGCGAGCCUUCACUGCAAGAUCCACUGCCUUCUCCUUGAGUCGAAGUCGGUGCCGGUCCUCCACGCCCUCGUCAAUCUACUACUCAACUUGUGCAGCGCCGACGACCACUUUGCCGUGCUCUGCACCCACGAGGGCUGCCUAUUUCAUAUGCUGAAAAACCACUCGAUGUCGAAGCUCGUGCCUACGUGGAACACCUGCAUCGAGGCGCUGUUCGGCGCGGAUCUAUCGAUGAAGUUCGCGUACACGGGCCGCCUGUCGCUCACCGACCUCACCCCGGACGGCUUUCACGCGCUGAGGCACACCCAUUGCCCAUUUCCAGUGUUGGAGGAGCUAUUUCGUCUGAAGCUGUGUCCCCUGCAGCCGAUUUACGUGGCUAAUUUCGGGGGUACGCCGCGCCACGACUCCGACGAGGAAGACUUUGACCUCCUCGUGAGCAAGUGCGCCGCGUUCAAUGCUGCGCGCGAGUCGAUGAGGCGAGAGAGCUACGAGCGGGGGAUACGCGUGUCCGAGGGGACGAUCAACGCUUGGCUCGAGCUCAAGUUCGGCAGGCUCCAGGCGGACCCCGAUCUUCAAGGUUACCUCGAGCUGUUUACAGCCGAGCUCGCGGCCAUCGAAAAGACAGACGGACACGUCACCAGCCGAGUACCGGGAUUGGUGCAACCGUCGCGCAUCGCGUCCCGGGCCCGUCUCCUGGGGGUCUUCGUCGCGCGCCAACUCGCAGGCACCGACCCGUCCCAGCCGUCGAGUUGUCUCGACCAACAGCUCGAGGUCCACCUGCACGGGCUGAGGGAGCGCCUCGAGACUAACGUCAUCCCCCUUGGGCUGCUCCGCGUGGGCUCCUACCUCGAGCGAGCCCUACUCUUCAAGGUCAUGGCCGACCGGGUGGCCCUGCCGGCGAGUCUGGUGCGCGGCUGCAACGGCAAGUCCUGGGUCGAGAUCGCCGUGCCAACCGUGAGAGCUUCGGUGGUGGGGGACGAGCUGCCGCCGCGCUACCUCAGGGAGAACUUCAUAGUCGACCUGAUGGACGUGCCCGGGCAACUCGUGCCCGUAGGCAGCUCCAGAGCCGAUAGGUACCAGGAGAAGCGCUCGGUUUGCCUGUUCGAGUGUUGCGAGGACAAUGCCUCACCCGGACCGUACACAUGA